UUUAUACGUAUGUGAGUAAUAGAGUGGACCGCAUUCUGAAAAUCUCCACUGCUGAUCAAUGGAAGUAUGUUCCUACAGACAAGAAUCCUGCCGAUUCCUGCACCAGAUGUAUCACUUCAGUCAUUGAUAUCAUGCAGCUUCCUUGGAUAAUUGGCCCACAGUGGUUAAGCAAUACAAGUACAUCAGAAUGCACUGGUACCUCGGAGUAUUUUCCACUCAUUGAACCUGAUUAUGAUGCGGAAGUUAGGCCACUGAUGACAAAAAUCACCACCAACCAUCUUUUCCCGGUGCCUGCUUGUCUCGGAACAAAGCGCUUUGAGCGUUUUUCUAGCUGGAAGUCUCUGGUUUCCGCAAUCGCAUCUCUUCAACGCAUAGUUCGGAAUCGACGUGAUGGAUAUCAUGACACCAAACCCAUUAGCCAGUGUGAUGCUCUUAGAAAAGCUGAGAUUCUCAUUCUGAAGGAAACUCAGCAAGCACAUUUUACUACAGACAUUAAAUGCCUGGCCAAUGAUAAACCUCUAGCAAAGAACAGCAGUAUUGCGACACUUUCACCCUAUCUUGAUGAGAAUGGGCUACUUCGUGUUGGAGGCAGGAUCAAUCGAGCAGCCGGACAAAUACCUGCAAGAGAAGUCAACCCUAUCAUCCUACCUAAAGCUAGCCACGUUUCCACCUUACUUAUUCGUCACUUUCAUGAACAAACCAAGCAUCAAGGAAGACUUAUUACGGAAGGAGCUCUGCGCACAGGAGGAUAUUGGCUCAUUGGCGCCAAACGAUUGAUUUCUUCUCUCAUACACAAGUGCGUGACUUGUCGUAAACUAAGACGCAGUUUAGAAACUCAGAAAAUGGCUGAUGUUCCUACAGACAGGAUAACCCCAGGACCCCCCUUUACAUCAGUCGGCAUUGAUGCCUUUGGACCCUGGCAGGUGGCUACACGCAAAACUCGAGGAGGUGCCGCUAACAGCAAAAGAUGGGGAAUCAUUUUUACAUGCCUAUUUUGUAGGGCAGUGCAUAUAGAAAUUGUAGAGGAGAUGUCAAGUUCUUCAUUUAUAAACGCCUUCCGUCGUUUCUUGGCAAUCCGUGGCCCUGUGAAGUUUAUACACUCUGAUAGAGGCUCCAAUUUUAUCGGAGCAGCUGAAGAAAUGAAGAUGAAUACAGUAAAGGUAGAGGAAGGACCCGUUCAAGAAUUCUUGCGCAACUCUGGAAUUACUUGGAUAUUCAAUGUUCCUCAUGCUUCACAUAUGGGAGGCAUCUGGGAAAGAAUGAGAGGGAUGACCAGAAAGAUUUUAGACUCUAUGCUACUUGAAUCCAGAUCCAAACCCCUCACACAUGAAACUCUUGCUACCUUUUUAUGUGAAGUCUGCGCCAUUAUUAAUUCGCGCCCAAUUGUUCCAAUAUCGACAGACCCAGAGAUGCCCAUGAUUCUUAGUCCGUCCAUGCUUCUGACAGGAAAAGUGGAUUUCUUACCUGUUGUGCCCGAUUCCUUGAAUCUUCCAGACAUCUAUCGAGCGCAAUGGAAGCAUGUGCAGGUGCUCGCUGAUAUCUUUUGGCGUCAUUGGAGGAGGGAAUACCUGAGCAUUCUACAAACCCGCCGUAAAUGGAAGCAUGAACAUCGCAACCUGAAUCCUGAUGAUGUUGUACUUAUUCGAGAUUCUUCGGAGCAUCGGAACAAUUGGCCAGUAGGCGUUGUCUCGAGAGUUUUUAAGAGUGAAGAUGACUUAGUCCGGAAAGUUGAGGUUAGAACCAUCCGUGACGGGAAACCUACCUUCUAUACCAGACCAGUGCAAGAACUUGUCGUGUUGUUAGAGUAA